AUGAAAGCUUGUCACACUCUGGUCUGCUUCAUCAUCCUUACAGCACAGCAGGAUGGUCGUGUCAAUGCAGAAACAGCCAGUCACAGAAAAAUGGAAGGAGAAGACAUCACACUUGAAUGCAGGUUCUAUAUCCGUGGAAGCAGGAGGCUCUUCUGUAAAGAAGAAUGUGAAAAGGGAAACAUUCUGAUUAGUACAACUGCUGACACAUUUCAGAGUGGCAGAUACAGCAUUCAAUAUGUCAAAAAAGGUGUUUCACAUACUAUGUAUGUGAAGAUCACACAGCUGAAACAGUCUGACUCAGGACGGUACAAGUGUACUUUGGACAGCACUUUGAAACCAGAUUAUUUUGAGAUAAUUGUCAUAGAAGCUGUAAAAACUUUAACAGCAGGCUCUACUCCAAAAGCUUUUUCAUCAUCAACCUUUCUCCUAUCAACCUCAACAACAGCAACAACAACAGCAGCAACAACAACACAAAGUUUCAACUUCAGUUUAGAAAGCUCUACAUCUUCAUCCUCCUCCACUGAAAUCCUGAACCAUCCUGAGACACCUGCAGGUCCAGAUAAGCCACUUUAUGUGAUUCUGAUUCUGGUCAUCAUGAUCACCCUCUUAUCAGCCACUUUGCUGAUUUUCUACAAGAAGAGGAAGGCCAUUAAACCUAAUGGACCUCCUGUAGAAACAGAAUACGCCAAUAUCACACAGAAUAACCGAGUGUGUGAAGAGAUAAGAGACGGCAGUUCACCUCCUGUGGAAGUGUCUUCAGCUGAUGCCUAUCCCAAAACCUGCCAGCGAGCUGGAGUUGAAAACCUUGAACUUUACAGCCUCAUCACCUAUUCUCAGAGUAAAGCUGAAAAUGACACAGAUGAAGUUGAUUACACUGAAGUGGAUUUUUCCCACAUGUCUGUAACCAACAGCGCCCUCUGUGGUAAAUCAGUUCAAGAAGUUAAAGCCAAGAGGAGAAGUGUAGAGCUGUAUGACGUGUAUGGGGGAGGGAGUCCAUCAUUGAGAGAAGUGAGAAGUUCCUGGUUUGUAAGACGAGCAAUAUUAUACGAUCAGACGGUCAAUAUGAAGACAGUAUGUGGCACUGUGGUCUGUUUCAUCUUUCUCACACUGCACGAUGGAAACACUGGUCAGGUCAAAAAAGGAAUUCCCACCUAUAGAGGAAUGGAAGGAGAAAACAUCAGAGUUGAAUGCAAAUUUUCUUACUCUGGAACCAAGAAGUUCUUCUGUAAGGGAAAAUGUGAAAAAGAAAACAUCCUAAUAGCAACAACAAAGAACUCCGCUAAAAAUGGCAGAUACAGCAUUCAGUAUGUAGAAAAAGGUUUUCUGUCAUCUGAUAUUCUGUAUGUGAGCAUCGCACAGCUGAAAAAGUCUGACAUGGGACCAUACAUGUGUUUUUCGAGUAAAACCUGGCUUGGUGAUCUGAGUCAUGAGUUUUAUAUUUUUGUCACAGAAGGCUCAAGAACAAAAACAGAAACAGCAACAACAACAACAAUACCAACAACAGAGAGUUCAGUCUUCAGUUCAGAAUGUGCUGGAGUUUCAUCAGUGUCCCCUGAAACCUCAAAACAGCCCGAGAGAUCGCCUGCAAGUUCAGGUAUGCUUCCUUAUGUGGGACUGUUUCUGGCCAUUAUGAUCAUCCUCUUCUCGGCAGCUUUGCUGAUUUUCUGCAAGAACAAGAGGGCCAGUAAACACAAAGGACCUUUGGAAAAUGAAAAUGGUGACAUCACACAGGUGAACCAGCUCUAUGAAGAGAUCAGAGAAAUGGACACUUUGUCUCCCCUGGGUGUGUCCUCAGCUUACACGUACCCCAAAUACUCCCAGUCACAUGGAUUUGAAAACAUAGACCUCCACAGCCUCAGCACCCCUCCUCAGAACAAAGCUCAAGACAACUCAAGUACUCUUCAUUACUCUGAAGUCGAUUUUUCCCACAUUCCUGCCACCAACAGCGCUCCAUCUCGUAAUGCAACUGAUGUUGUUUACUCCACACCUGUGGUACAUACCAGCCCUUCCAACCACACCAAAGAUUCUUCAUCUCCUCUGUACUCAGCAGUUAAAAAACGGUAUUAAUGCUGCCGAUGGCACCUUCCCUCUCACAAAGAUCAACAGGUGAUCGUAAUUCAUAGAAAAUGAGGUUCUUUUCUGCUUAUUUAAGUGAACUGAAUGUUCAAACAAUUAGCCUCAGAUUAAUUUAUUUAAUUAUUUAGUUAUAUCUACUUUAACUUAACAGACAACUAAUUGCAUGCAUACUUUUUGGAAACUGGAGUAUUUUUCAUUAAGAAAUACAGGAAAACCCAACUGACUUGGAACAUCCGUGGCUGUAUGAGAGCAUGCAGUGGUCUCAGGUCAGUCAGCAGGUUGUUCUUGGAGGGACAUCCAUAAAUGGAGUUAGCAAAACGGCUUCUUUCACAUGUAGAAAUUUACAUCAAGCGGUUUCUUUCUUGCCCAAACCUAACAAAACUGAGACUGAAAAGUGAAUAAUGGCAUGAAAAUCUGCACAAAACUCAAAAACAUUCUGUCAGAAAACCCUAAAGACAAGUUCCACUAGUGACAGUUUCCGUUUUCUUUCUGUUGGCAAUGUAAACAAGCAAAGAAAACAAACAAAAAAAACCCCAAAAAACAAGCAAAAAACAAAAAGAUGGGUGAAUUGAUUUAAAAUAUUAUUUUAAUAAAGCUUUUGGGAUUGCACUCUUCUUGCCCGAUUAUCCAGUGUUUUCUAUCAUGCUUGGCUCCCAUAAUCUCUAUAAAACAUGGCGCAGUCUUAUCGUCCAGGCCUGAAAAGUGAAGCUGAUUUGGAAGGUUCAACAAAUCCAGCAAAGCCAAACAUGUCAGACUUUAAUGUGAAGAUGCCUAAAUCCACAGCAGAAAUAAAAUGCAACCUGCCAUAAAAAACAAAUAAAUGACCAAAACACCAAAUUGAAUGAUAGGCGCCUAGCUUUGCUCACAAACCUGCUUGUUUGUGUAAUUUUGUACUGACACAAACACUGAAAGUACUGUGUUAAUUGUUUUUAUAAUCUUAACAAUAUCUCAGUUCUGUGGGUUAUUUAAUUUGCACAAGGAUCUUUAUGUUCUUAUUUUAUUUUGCUUCAUUGUGCUCAACCUGAUUUUUAAAUCUUAAUUAAAAUAAACAUGAACAUCGACAGUUUUAACUGUAUGGUCUUCAUUGUUGGCAAAAUACUUUUAUUAAUAAAGGUAAAUGGACUGGUUCUUAUAUUGCAAUUUUCUACUCUAUUUGAAUGCUCAAAGUGCUUUAUACAACAUGCCUCAUUCACCCAUUCACAGACAUUCAUUUGUUUUUCUACAUCUAAAUGGUUUCCAUCCAACAUUUACACACAUUUAUACGUAUGCAUGUUUCUGCUAUUAAUUCACUGAAAUACAAACUAUCCUCUAGUGCAAAUGUAGUAGUACAGGUCCUGUUGUGCCUGAUGAUUUUCCCCUCUGCAGCUCUAUUGUAACACAUGCUGAUGUUUUUAUUGAUAUUGUAAACUUAUUUAUGGGAUAACAUCUGUGUCUGUGUUAAGUCAGAUGGAAGAGGACUGUGCAGUGUUGUACUGCAAGACCUCCCUGUUCUAUGUGGUGAUGACCCAGCUAUAAACCUUACCAGCAUCUACAACACUGGUAUUUUUCCCAGUGAGGAAGCACUACAUCAUAGUCGACUGAUCAAAAACUGAUCAAGUCAAAGGCACCACCUAGUGGCGAUGUAGGAGAACUCAGAAACAGUAGUGUCGUAAAACAAAUUUUCACUUCCAUCUUUAUUCAUGAAUGGAUGCAAACACACCUUUGCCGCAUUCACCACAAGUUUCACUGAACGAGACCAGCAAAGUUGGAAAAGAGAAUAUGUGUUUGGUGCAGGUAAUCUAAUUUCUAAAAUCAAAAAGAGGAGGGAAAAGAAUCAAGCUUUCAAAUUUGCGUAGAAAGAACAAGAGAAAAAAAAGGUUUGCUUUCAAAUGUCAAACUACAAACUGCAUCACAAAGCCACAGUACUGUCUAAUAAUAGUACAGAGAACAAGACAGUAAAAUUAUUAAAAACUACUUUGUUUGCAAUGACUUUUAACUACUAACUCGCUCUAGCAUGCGAGCUCACAUCACUCCUAUUUUAUGUUCUUUACAUUGGCUCCCAAUAGAUUUUAGAAUUCGUUUUAAAAUUAUUGUUUUAACGUACAGAGCACUAAAUGGCCAGGCCCCAAAUUAUUUAUCCAAGCUUCUCACAAAAUACACUGCUGCUCGCCGUCUCCGCUCACAGACUCAGAGUUUGUUGGUUGCUCCCCGAACACGACUGAAGACGAAAGGGGGCGGAGCCUUUCAGUCUGUGGCACCAGGGCUGUGGAACAGUCUACCUCUACAACUACGUUUGGUUGACUCUGUGGAAUCCUUUAAAAAAACUUUACUGUUUAAAGAAACUUUCUGUUGACCAAUGCUUUUUACAUUUUUACAUUUUUAAUUUACAUUUAACCUCUAUAUUGUGUAUAUUGUGCAUUUUGCUAUUUAUCGUACUGUUUAUUUUAAUCUUUGUGUACAGCGCUUUGUGACUACC